AUGCAGGAUGCACGCACUAGCUGGGUUUCUUUUGCAACCUUUGCUCCAAUUUGCCAAUCUGCUCCCAUCCUUGACCGAGUGACCGUCGUCCCGACCUUAUCAAUCUGGCCGGUUUGCGGUCUGCGGUCUGCGGUCGGCUGGAGUGCGGAGCGGAAAACGACGCAGCACGCUGGGGACCUCAAGGCUCAGGCAGUUGUGGAUGAGAACCAGGACCAGGUUCCAGAAUCCAGCCUUCAGGUUCGCAAGUGGAGUGUCCUGGGUUUGAGCUUGGGGAGCAUCUUUUCCCAAACUGGCGUUCAAUUUGGGCGGCUGGUUCGAGUCAUCUUAGCUUGGACCAUCACCACAUAUGGCGUAGCACGACGUUGCUGA